CUGCACCUGUACCAGUUCACAAUCAGAAAAAUGGCGCGCAAAUCAAAUCCGCGAAUGGAUGCCAAUGCUGGUUUUCCCUUCAUUAUUUUUUGAAAUGAAGCAAGAGGAGCAAGAGCAAGAUGUUGAGGCGAAGACGACUUACAUGUCUUACUAGACGCGACAAGAAGACCCCUGUGGCUAAGGAAAGGAAUAAAAUGCAUCAGGGAAAUGGUAUUGGCAAGACAAUAAUAAAGACAGUUCUGGGUUUGGUGGGGGUAUCCUUUUUCGUGGGCUUUCGGUCCACUAGAAGUUUUGCCAAUACAUCCUCAGCCAACAACAACCAUUUUCGGACGGAAGAGGAGUGGCUUGCAUUUGUUCAAGACUACCAACGAAGAUUCCAUCGACCACCUCCUCCUGGAAUGAAGGAAUGGCAUCGCUUUGCCACUCAGCAUCAGUGCGAAACACAAAAUUAUUACGAGACUCUCGAAGCUGACAUGCAGUACUUUCGACCUCCCAAUAAUAGUCUGAAAUGGGAUCGAGUCCUUCCCGAAGCCACACAACUCUCCGAGCACUACAUGGCAUUUUCAUUGGAAAAUCACAAUCUCACGGUGGUGGGCUAUCAAGCCAAAAAAAGUUACGACCCUCACGAACGACGACAUCGAAGAGCCAUUGAGCGACUAUUGAGGUUCUUGUUGGAACCAGUGAUCCGUCAUGAUGGGCCUCCUCUCAAUUCCACAUUUGUAUUCAAUCUACACGAUACGGCACAACCUAUACCCCAACACUACCUCACGCGAAACACAUCCACCGGCCAAUUCCCACAAAUGUACCCCAUCUUUUCCGUUUGUAAAAUGGACUACUACACCGAUGGACAACCACCACCAUCGCCUUUUGGCACUACAACUAAUGUCAAUACCAAUACCACUUCACCACCAGCGAGACAAGAACAAGAACAACAACAACCAACUACUAUUCAAAAUAGAGACUUGAUGGUGCCAUGGCACUUUAGUUUACGGCGACAAUCGCGAUGGUUCUGGUUUUGGCCUUGGUUUAAAAAAGGACGACCCUUUCACCGCCGUCGCAAUGCCAUUACCUGGAGAGGAUCCACUACCGGGGUAUGGGAGACAGGACCUCGCUUUCAACUGGUCCGGGAAUACGCCAAUCAAACCAAUACGAGUAGCCAAACAGGUGUGGAGGUGGACUUUGCCUUUUUCCGGGUCGUCCAAAAACCAGACCAUGUCCCCGAAUGGAAGGACCAACACCAGUACCGAUUUGCGCCCCACAUGCGAUAUUGGCAAAUGCAACAAUUCAAGUAUAUCAUGGAUGUCGAUGGCAAUGGAUUCACAUCACGGUUUCCCGGACUGCUGCGGUCUGGAUCGGUGGUCUUCAAAUCCACACGCUACCGAGAAUGGUUUCAUGGAAUCCUGCAGCCCUAUCGGGACUACAUUCCGGUCAAUUACAACUUGAGUGACUUGCCACAGAAACUAGCGUGGGCCCAAGGGAACACCCAAGCCAUGGAACAAAUGGCGGUCGACAGCAAACAACAAGUGGAACGCUUCCUCCGACCCGUCGAUAUGCAGUGCUACAUGUACCGGCUCUUGUUGGAAUAUCAAACCUUGUUUGAAUGAAAUGAAUGCAUGAAUGAACCGUCAACAACGGGACAACAAACAAACAACAACCCCGGCAUUCUAGCUAGAUAGAUCUAUCCGUUGCAACCAGUUUGUCAGAUACAUGCAUGCAUGCCGUGCCACUGGGAGACAAGGACAGGGUGGCUACAGCUAGUGGACAGACUGUUGUGUACUUUCUACCACACAAUUCGCAAAAACUCGCAUGUCGCACAGUGGCCGAGAACACAGAUUGGUACAGUACCUACACGUCAAAACAGACACCCAAACGGAAUCAUUGAGAGACGGCAGAAUCAUGGAUUCCUUGUCAUUUCCGCCUAUCUCAGCCGGUGAAGGUGUGCUUCACCGCAAGCAAGCCCUUGGGUACGAAUUUGAAGCUUUGGAGUUCUCUGACCUGCCUGGAGUGGCUGGGGCUUUGAACAGACAUUCCCUUGGGCAGCCAGCCAUCAGGAGGUGAUGAUGAUGCUCAGGCUCACUUUCAUUCUUUGUCGCCCUUGGAAUAACUUAAGACCCCAACAAUUAACUAACUGCUAUACCCAUCUGUGAUGAUUCUAGUCAUCUGCUGACGGGGCCUUGCCACCCCAACAUUUGAAUUUGAAUGGUGUUCUAGGGUACUGUACCGGUAGUACUACCUCUGUAGCUUGCUAGAACGAGAUAGUCUUACUGGAAGUUAUGGGUCAGGAGGAGGAAUCUCCAUAGGGACCAUGCUAUGGCUAUUGGGCAACUCUACCGGAAUUCUGGCUGGUUGUGUUUCCACUGCUUGGUUGCCGUCUUCGGAAGCAUGGCCGAAGAGAAACAGAGCCAUCAUCAAUCCAGCCGUGGAAAGGAGCAGCAACCCCAUGGCACAUGCCAAAACUGCAGCAAGUCUCAUGCGACUGCUUUGUGGGUCUAAAUGGAGAGUUGAUUCUUUUUGGUUUGGAUGGCUACUAGCGGCAGGAUGAGGUCGUGGCUCGUCAGAAUGUGUUUUGCUGGCCUUUUUGGGAGGUUUUGGGUUCCUGGCCUUUCCUUUGGAAGGCUUUGGGUUCUUGGACUUUUUGGGAGGUCUUGGGUUGCUGCCCAUUCGAGUUGCAUUCAUUCCAGGGACGGGGGUUGGCGCCAGUUGAUUUUCUUCAUCUUCUUCAUGAAGGAUACCGAGCUCAUGCAUGCCCUGUUGCAAUUUUGCUCCACCUUUCCUAGCACCAUCAUGUUUCUUUUCACUUGAGGUUGCCUUUCUUUUGGAACUUGCACCAACCUUUUGCCCUUCUGGUGGUCUUGUGAUUGGCACUGGGACAUGAAUGCUAAUGGAUUGCAGAGGCCUAUCCUCUGGAAUUUUGUCUCUUGGGAUUGUAUUAGUACUGGUAUCUGCAGGUGCCCAGUAAUACUGGGAGUGCUGCUUGUUGACUCUGGCCUUGUGUUUUUUGGAACAGGGAUAGAUCAUAUGGGUAUCCACAGACAUACCAGGAAGGCUAAAUGCGUAGGUGGAAUCAUCCAUUGCUUCCUGAUGAUUGCCUCUAUAGAUACCGUGCGUCUGUGUACCGGUGCCACCAAUGAUGCUACCACCGCCAUUUUGCCGCACUGAUGCCUGGUUCAGGCUAUUUUGAUCGUUACCAGUGGGGCCAGUGAUCGAUAGGCCAUCUAUGCUGUGAGCAGAUCGCCUUGAGGAAAACGACUCUGUUCGGCGACCCAUUGUCUCAUCGAUUGAUUCAUGAUAUGUAAAUUGAAGUGCUAGAGCUCCAGCGAUAGGACCAUGGCGGUGUGGUGCCGAGUGCCGAGGUUGGACCUACGAAAAAGAAGAUGCUCAAGAUAUGGAGAGUGUUACUCAAAACGCUGUAGUUGAGGUAAAUAUAAGUUAAAGAUACAUGUGCUAUGAAUAAUUAGAAGCUUUCGAAAAUAAUGCUGUUACCGCAUCUACCU